CUACGGUAUGUGCUACCAGCCGCUGGCAGGUCUGGCACCUUUUACCGUUACCAUCGUUACCCCCAAAAAUGACCCCAAUCUCUACGUACGGCAUCUGGCAACCCCGAACAAAACCGCUUAUCGAUAACAUCCACACGCGUGUUUAGGUAGCGGUCCGUGUUCUAAUCAAGUACAUACCUAGGUACUUCCAUGAGAGGUACCUUACGUAUUUUUAUCCGAUAUCGAAUUUACAAUCCACAUUGAUGAUCAAUCCCACUCCAAUCCCGAACUAGCUAAGGCUUGAUAAGAUAAGAACGCCUAUCUAGGUACUGUAGACUUUUUUUUCUUAUUAGUGGUCGCAACUUGUAACCGCGAUGCUAAAAGCUUCACUAUUCAUACCCUUAAACACAAUAGCCCAAUUUACAACGCGAAGAUGGCCAAAUCAAAACCCAGUUUAGCAGCAUCAACGAAAGCAAUCGACCCCACACUCGAUGCUCUAUUCGCAAGUAGUGCCGGGCCUGUCCAAGCUCCUCCGAAAACUAGGUACUCCGAGUUACUUCAUCGCAAAGAGAAGGAACCUUCGCAAACGGCAGACGACUUGGGGUCAGAUUCAGAUGAAUUGACUGACGAAGACGUCAAUGGAGAAGUUGAUGAUGAGGUCCUGAGCGAACUAGACGACGAUGAAGGAGAUAUCGCUUCAGAUGAUGAAGUAGCGCAAGACGAUUCCGAAUCCGCUGAGGAGUUACUAGCGCCGCAAAAGAAGGAUCGCAAGAGGAAGCGUAAAGACGAGCACGAUGACCUAGAGGGGAAAUAUAUGCGAAAGGUGGUUGAAGACGAGGAAAAGGAAGCACGCUCCGACAAACGUCGCAAAGGAGAAACUGGCCAGGCUAUAAAUGGCACGUCGACCGAAACAGCGGAAAAUUCAGAUGAGGAUGAGGAUGAGACCCAAUUAGUUCACGAGUCCCUUGCGAAGGAUGACCAUCCAGACGUCCAAUUGGAGAAGGCAAACCGCACUCUCUUCCUCGGAAAUGUUUCAGUUGAAGCCAUUUCUUCGUCUAAAGCAAAAAAGCUUCUGAUAUCUCACCUUUCAUCGCCACUGUCAAAACUGGAUUCGGCCAGUGGCCCACACAAAGUCGAGUCUCUACGUUUCCGUUCAACUGCAUACUCGACUGGUGCGAUGCCGAAACGUGCUGCGUUCAUUACCAAGUCUGUUAUGGCCGCAACGACGAAAUCUACCAACGCCUACGUCGUGUACACGACACCACUUGCUGCGCGCACUGCGCUCAAGGAGCUGAACGGUUCAGUCAUUCUCGAACGCCAUCUUCGAGUGGAUAGCGUAGCACAUCCCAACCCGGUGGACAAUCGGAGAUGUGUUUUUGUGGGAAACCUUGGUUUCGUGGAUGAUGAAACUGUUGUUAAUACCACUGCCGAUGGAGAGACUACGACUAAGAAACGCACAAAGAUCCCAGCGGAUUUCGAGGAAGGUUUAUGGCGAAUCUUCGGUCAGCACGCCGGCAAGGUGGAGAGCGUUCGCCUUCCCAGGGAUCCAAAAACUCGGGUAGGCAAAGGGUUUGCAUAUGUGCAAUUCUACGAUGCUAACGACGUGGAAUCGGCUCUACUAUUAAACGGGAAGAAAUUCCCUCCAAUGCUACCACGAGUUUUACGCGUAUCUCGCGCCAAGGAUCCGCGGAAGACUGCCAUUGCCAUGGAGCGGGCUAUGAAGGCAAAGGUCGAGGCUGUACAUGGCCAAGAUAAGGAGUUGAAGAGUACCAAGCACAAACCAAAGGUGACUCCUGAGCAACAGUCACAAGCGGGCAGGCUGGGGAAGCUCUUAGGUAAAGCUGCAGCGGCAAAGCAACGUCAUGGAACCAGAGGGGAAAGAAAGCCACGAAAAGAUAAGAAGGAAGUAACAGCCAUGGAAGGCUUCAAGUCUCCUGAGCAGAUCAUCUUUGAAGGUCGCAGAGCUAGCGAAAAGGAUGGCAGACCUGCAGAUCUGAAAUUCGGCAAGACUAAAGGAAAGAAGGGUAUAGUUAAGGCGAAAACGAAGAGUCGAGGAGCUAGAAGGGCUGCGGAAUGGAGAAAGAAAGGGGCAAAGUAGAGCGUUGUUGAUUAGUUUAUUAACAUACUGACGCUUUAUCAUUAUUGUACUAUCUCUGAUACCCGAAAUCGACGACUCAAGGUAAAUCGAAUUUAUCAUUUCCGAUAUACUAGAUUCCUAGUACGUGUAGUUUCAGUGCUCAUCCUGUAAAGCAUUUGUUAAUCUUCACCUAAUCCAAAAAAAAAAAAAAAAAAACUAGGUACCCAAACUGUUUAUGAAAUUAAGCUAGUCUGCGCUAACGCACGUUUGGGUCUGCUAUUUUAUGUAGGGUACGGUUUAGCU